AAAAUUGAUUUAAGUAUUAUUUACUCUGAUCGUUCUUUCAUCCUCUCCCAAAACCAUAUCAAAUAUCUGUGAUUGAUUGUUGGGUCUAUAAAAGCACAUCAGCUGGGGUCUCUUCUUCGUCAACCUUUCUCCCACCACACAAUCGCACUUCUCCUCUUCUUCUUCUAGAAUUCUCUCCCUCCCCCCUCCCAGAUAUCAAAUUCUCAUCCUCAGUCGAUGGAAGAAGCUAAAGUGGAAGCAAAAGACGGAACCAUCUCCGUUGCUAGUGCAUUUGCCGGUCACCAACAAGCUGUGCAAGACAGUGACCACAAGUUCCUAACCCAAGCUGUUGAAGAAGCUUACAAGGGUGUUGACUGUGGUGAUGGUGGCCCUUUUGGUGCCGUUAUUGUUCACAAGAACGAGGUCGUCGCUAGCUGCCACAACAUGGUCUUGAAGUACACCGACCCAACCGCGCACGCCGAAGUCACUGCCAUUCGAGAGGCGUGCAAGAAACUCAACCAGAUCGAGCUAUCAGAAUGCGAGAUUUACGCUUCCUGUGAGCCGUGUCCCAUGUGCUUCGGAGCCAUCCAUCUCUCUAGACUCAAGAGAUUGGUAUACGGAGCCAAAGCUGAAGCAGCCAUAGCCAUCGGGUUUGAUGACUUCAUAGCUGAUGCGCUGAGAGGAACCGGUGUUUACCAGAAAUCUAACCUGGAGAUAAAGAAAGCAGACGGGAAUGGAGCUGCGAUUGCUGAACAAGUGUUCCAGAACACCAAGGAGAAGUUCCGUUUAUACUGAGAGCUCUUCUCCUUCAUCACAUCCUUGUUCAUGAUGAUGGCAAUUAGAAGAACAAGUGCACACUUUCGCUUUAACCAAAUAAAUCUCUGUUUCAAAUUGUUAAUUUCUAAAAAAAGAAAAAAAAAAACUCUCAAUUUCAGUUCUUGUUGACUUGAAUUGUUUACUUUUCUCCAUUCAAAGUUGAACUGGUAAAUACUUCAUCAUUCUGUCGAAAUAUUUACACACCAUCAAAUCGAA